UGUGGUAUGAGCAGGCAAGCAUCGCCUGGGUCAUCAUCAGAACAACGGUCUUCGGAUUUCUGUUUUAUUCCCUGACUGUAAUGGCUUGUUUGAUAUCUACUGCUUGUCCAUUUCAGACACUGAUAUCAACACUAUUACACGUGUUGCACAUCGACAGGGUUCUACACCUGCAGCCCAUGACAUUACUGCAAGACGUGCUCAAACGAUUAUUUAGUAUUAUCGUCAGAUCGGGAUGGACCCGAUUGUCUGAAGUACAUUCACACAACAAUCUCUUCGGCAGUUCGUCGACAGGCUUCAUAACCAGCUGCAUUCUUUGGUUCCGAGUUCUUCAACAAAGGUUGUGGACUCAGAGGCACAACUGCUCGACCAGGAUCUGGAUGUUUUGGUGGAGAAUGAUGACACCCUUAAUCUUGACCUCCCCGACAUACCCACCAGCGAUCUCGAAGCACAUAGCGUCAAGUGGCUGCUCGAGACAUCCACAGAUCCUGAAGUAUUUCUCGCUGCUGCCAGUCUUGUCCCGCAGGUUGGAUGGCCCCUGGAUCUUGAUGUUUCAGACAUGCUGCAUCAGCUGUUUGAUAUUUAUAUGAGCUGCAUCAACAUUCAGAUGCGCAUCGUACCGUCUUUGGAGGAGAAGGCGUCGGCAUGUGCCACGGCUCUAAGUCACCUAUACUAUGGACGUGUUCUU